AUGAAUAAGCGUUUCCGUGUUUAUUUAGGUCUCGGUGAUGCUAUGAAUCCCUAUCUGGGAACGAUUCGCGACAACAUCAGAAGUGGGAAAUAUCUUCCUCUCAUCGAUGACGAAAUGUUGGCCAAUAUUGGGAUCACGGCUCUUGGUCCACGUAAAACUAUUCUUCAAGCUGUGCAACUGCUUCUCUAUUUUUGUACCGAAGCUCCCUCCGAAAAUCUGCAGAGUCAUUCGAUGAAGGUUGUCGUUGCAUGUAAAGCGGUCAUUCACGAGCUAGAGAAAGCUCAGCGUUGUCGUGAUGAGAAGCCCCUGACAAGGACUCAUAUCGUAUCUGUUUUGAAUAGCAUUUCUCUCAUGAUGUCUGUAUUGGUAGAAAACGUGAAGAAGCUGGUGUUUUGGUUGGACAGAAGUCCGUUUGAUGACAUCAAGAACUACAUUAGUAUUCGUAACCGCAUCUCUACGGCUAUCUGGGAGUUAGUACGUAGCGUUAAUGUACAACCCAAAUCCUUGUUCGGAAUAGCUUCGGAGAUCAUUCAGAAGACUAAUGAUCUCAAGGAACAAUGCGAAAGNAUAGUACGGGACACCGAUGAUCCACUAGUGUUAUACACUGCAUACACAGAGAGAGCCUUACUUCGAAGGCAUGACGUCAGCACAAAUUGGGGUAUUAAUUUGCAAUCGUCUUAUCGUGGAGUACACGUGAUUAGUGAAGUGAAAGUAGGAUCUCCUGCUGAUUUAUGCGGCAGAAUCGAUGCUGGGGAUGAAAUCAUGCUUAUCAAUGGCAAAACUGUCAUUGGUUGGGACCUGACGCGCGUUGCUCAGCGCCUCGGUUCUUCGUCGGAUACCGAAUUGCACCUGGUUGUUAACAAGAGACCACGACAUUCAGUUCCGUUCCCUCUGAAGAAAACUUUGAAGGCUAAUCGCCCACUGGCAAAAAUAAUUCCCGGAAGUCAGGCUACGGAGACCGCAGGGAAGGAGAAACAACUUUUCAAGGACAUUACUUAUCCGCUCAAUCGUCGCCGGUCAUCGACGUUUAUUGGCGAUUUGCUCAACUUGAUGGAGUCGAAAGGAAAGAAACUCCGAACCUCAAGGCGAGCGUCAUUUUGCGCCGGAAGUCCGCGAAGAGAGUUCUUCCUCGAGGAAGAUGAGCGUUCUUAUGUGAGCUGGGACCUCUUAGACUUGAUUGGUCAUCCUUCCCCGGACAAUCAUGAAGGUCCUAUUGCCAUUCCUCGAAUAGUUCGUCGCGCUCGAACUAUGCGGCAUCAGCCCGAUGGUUAUGUGAGGUCUUUCAUAGAUAAUAAGCUUGUGCAGGAAGUCGAAGAUGACAUUAUCGCGGAACAGUUGCCGUUCAAUGUUGGAUGCCCCGCAGAGUUUGCCGAAGUCUGUGUUGUUGAACCUCCAGAGUUAAACCAACUCAAUAUAUUGGAACCCAGUUGCUCUGACCCUGACUGGAGUGCACCCUAUGAAGAAGCAUCUCUGCAAAGAUUCCGCGCACCUGCCGGUGAUUCCAAUCUUUCCUGCUUGACGCUGGACUCUCCAAGGUAUCCGUCACUUUGUUCGAUACCUUCGGUGUGUAGUCCGACACCGCUUCGCCUCACACCUACACGCGAGUGGAAUGCUGAGGACACUCCUCCAACGCCAAGCACCCCUGAUAUGAAGACUGCGGAGAAAACUUUCGAAGGAUGGGUCAGAAGAAGAAAGACUGCCAAAGAACUAUUCGCUAAGGAGGUGACCAACAAGUGGCCAAAGUGUUGGAUGUGCUUGCGAGGGCCUUUUCUUUGUAUAUAUCCAACGCAGUUUACUCGUCACGCCGAUAUGAUCAUCAACAUAUCCAAGUGCACCGUUUCCGAUGAGACCGAGCUGAAAACAUCAAAGAAAUUUGUUUUUCGGCUGUCAAGACCACCAGUUGACCAUCAUUUUUCAUGCUAUAACCAAAAUGAUAUGCGAAUGUGGAUCCACAAAAUAAAGGUUGCCAGCGAAAUGUAUGGAGCCGGUAAUCGUGCUAUGUCUAAAUCUGUCUCUAAUCUUGAAGUGGAGCACGGUGAAUCUCCGUUUGAACAUUAUAACACUCUGACGGGAUUGCCAUCGCUAAUGACGCAAAGUCAGGUCUGUUUUUUCUUUCACUUAUAUACUUACCGUUUAGCUGUAAUGAAUUGA